AUGAUGAGCAUCAUAGACAUUAGUGCUGUUAUCAAACUGCUCUUCUUGUUGCUUAUGUUUACCCUCUUUUGUUUUGACGUUCUGCCUGCUGUCCAAGGAUUAGGAGCAGAUACAGUUGCCGGUGCUUCUUCGGCUUCAGUUUCAGGUUCAGGUUCAGGUUCAGGUUCAGGUAUAGUAGUAGGAGGAGGAGGAGGAGAGAUCAGAAGCCUACUACAUUUACAGCAAAAGGGAAGCAGCUCCUCUACUCUAUUCAAUGUCAAAAGCUUUGGCGCCCAAGCCAACGGCCAUGAUGAUGAUACCAAAGCCUUCAUGGCAGCAUGGAAGAAGGCAUGUGGGUUCUCAGGCACUGUAAUUCUACUGAUACCAAAAGGGACAUACCUGAUUGGCCCCAUUAAAUUCACUGGCCCCUGUGAAAAUGUAUCUUCUCUCAUUGUUCGAAUGAAGGGUUAUUUGAAAGCUACAACAGACUUGUCAAAGUAUGGGUUGAGUGCAGGUUGGGUUGAAUUUGGAUGGGUAGAGGGAUUGACCUUGACCGGAGGCGGGACUUUUGAUGGCCAAGGUGCCAAAGCAUGGCCUUACAACAAGUGCAGCAUCGAUUCGAGUUGCAAACUUCUUCCCACUAAUUUGAAAUUUGUGGCAAUGAACAAAACAGUUGUUCGAGGCAUAAGAUCACUGAAUAGCAAGUUCUUUCACUUAGCUCUCGUAGAAUGUAAGAACUUCAAAGGGAGUGAAAUCAAUAUUUCUGCACCAGCAAACAGUCCUAAUACUGAUGGAAUCCAUAUUGAAAGAAGCACUUCUGUUUAUUUUUCUCGGUCACUCAUUGGCACGGGCGAUGAUUGCAUUUCUGUUGGACAAGGAAAUUCCCAGGUCACUGUCACAAGCAUCACUUGUGGACCUGGUCAUGGAAUCAGUGUGGGAAGUUUGGGAAGAUAUCCAAAUGAAGGUGACGUAAGAGGCCUUGUGGUCAGAGAUUGCACCAUGACUGGGACCAUGAACGGCAUUAGGAUAAAGACAUGGCCCAACUCUCCUGAUCAGAGCGCUGCCACAAACAUGACAUUCGAGAACAUUGUCAUGAACAAUGUCACCAAUCCAAUCAUUAUUGACCAGGAAUAUUGUCCAUUCACAUCUUGUGCUUCCCUGGCACCAUCCCGAGUGAAGCUAAGUGACAUAUAUUUUAAGAAGAUAAGAGGGACGUCGUCUUCAGCAGUAGCAGUGACACUGGAGUGUAGCAAAGGGAUACCAUGCCAGAAUAUAUACCUAGAAGAUGUCCACUUGGAUUUCUUGUCAGGGGAAAAAACAGCCACUUCCUCCUGCAGAAAUGUUAAAGUCAAAUACAUUGGCACCCAAAUUCCACCACCAUGUACUUAA